AUGAUAAAAUCAAAUGUUGCUACUAUCGAAUCCGAUCUUGUGUUAUUUAAACAAGAAAUCUCAAAGAAACUAGAACUAGCACUCGAAUCCUUGAAAGAGAAAGAUGAACUUAAAACUCUCGGCAAAAAAUUUAAGAAAACAGAAUCAAAUGAAUUUAAAUUAAGAGAAACAAUGUGUGACAUGAGAAUCAAACUUCUUGAACAAGAGGAAGUCGCAACAAAGAAACAACACCAAGAUCAUUUGAAGACACAAAUGAAAGUAAACAGUAUAUCAGAAGAAUUGUCAACCAAUAUGUCAACAAUCCCUCCAUCUAAUACCACCCAGCAUGCAAUAACAGAUCUAAAACUACCCAGAAAUGAUGAUGAAGAUAAUUUCCCAACCCAACAUCUUUCCCAACUUACAAUGACCCCUACAGAACCCACAGAUCAAUCGUUAUCCACAUCAUAUCUGGUAACAACCUCUAACCACAAUAUUCCAUAUUGACCGAUGAAACAGCCAGCAACACACAAAAUUCCACAGAAAUAGAUCACACAGCAAAAAAUUCUGCAAGCAACCUACCAGAUUCAUCAGAACCUGAUCCAUCCGGGACAAAUCGAGAAUGUUCGUUGCCAACAAUAGAUUGUGAAAGUGAGACCAUCAUAUUAUGUGACUCGAACAGUCGGUUUCUGAACACAAAACUAUUAUGCCCAAAUUCAACGUGUACACCUACCUAAGAUGCCCUACUUUGUUGACAGCUGAGGAUAUUAUCAAUAACACUAAUUUUAAAUCACCACAAACCGUUAUCUUAGAUUGUGGUACCAAUGAUAUGGAACACUUAAAGCUGAACGAAGAAGUCUGCUCAAAAAUCUCAAAUAUCAACUUAAUAAAGAAGAAAUACCCCACAUGCAAAGUGAUCAUCUCUUCACUCCUCCCAAGAUUAGAUAAAAAACAUCCAUCAAAUCAACCUAAAACUUAAAGAACAACUCUCGGAUAAAAAGGACAUCUACCUUGUUAGUCAUAACAAUCUUUUCCCAUCAACUCAACAUCUACAUGACAGAAAACACCUAAACAAGACUGGAGUUCGAUUAUUUGCAAAGAACCUCAAGACAACUUAUUUCCACUCCUGAAAACACCAAAAUUCAAAAUCUGAUCACUUUCCAAACAUGUAGAGUGUACCAUUUCCAAGACAUCAGAAUCCGAAUACUAGCCAGUUCUGGAAUCAAUUGAGUUCUCCAUUCCCAAGACCCGAAAACAUGGAUCCCAAUCAUUCACAGUAUCCUUUGAGAUCAACAUUCCCAAGAAGUCUAAUUCCACAACAAGGUCCAAACCCUGUUGUUCAACCACCUCGACCCCAUUAUCCAUAUGCACCAGGGCUACCCCCUCCUAACCUUACACCCCGACCACCAAACACAUAUGUCAGCCCUAGACAAAACAUACCGGCUCUUUUACCAUGGUACACACCAAGAAGACAAUUACCAAAGAUUGAGAACAAGAUGAUUCCCCCUUUACCACCUCAUCUUGUUGAACUUGUAAAACAACUUCAUGGGUAUGUUUGUUAGUUUCAUCCACCUUAAUAUUAGUCUAAAUAUAUUAUAUAGUUAUGUAGUAAACAUACAUAUAGUUAAUAUUGACAAAUUCAUCUUAAUAAUUAACUAUAUUUGCCAGAGAUUAAUAUCGGAAUGCUUCACACUAAUUCACAUUAAUUUUUAUCUCUAUUAUCCCAAUUGAUUAAAAGUAACUUUAACAUGCAACAAAAUAUUUCAAUAAGCAUGUGGAAUAUUAAUGGUUUCUCCAGCAGUGUCCUUGGAGGUAAAUCAAAGAAUGAUGAUUUCUUAAACCAUAUAUAAGGAAUAAUGAUUUUAUAUUUCUAACUGAAACUUGGUCUAACACUUCUAUUUGUAUUCCUGGCUUCAGAGCACUGUCAGCAAAUAUAGCAGAAAAAUCAAGCCAUUGUGGUCGCCUUUCAGGUGGCAUCACAUUGUUACUUAAAAAUCAAAUUCAAAGUUAUGUCUCAAUUGUCAAGAAAUCAAGAUUUCUAAGGAAUUACUAAAUUCAAAUAAUGAUCUUUACUUAUGUGUGGGGUCUAUAUACCACAUGGAAAUUCAGUGUAUUUUGAAAAUGAAAUAUUUGAUAUACUAGAAGAUGAAACCAGCGCAUUCUCUGCAAAAGGAGAUGUAAUGUUAAUUGGAGAUUUUAACGCCAGGACGGGUAAACUUAAAGAUUAUGUUUCAAAUGAAG